CUGGUUACGUGAGGAAUCGAGGUUGAGCCUAAACCGGUCUCGGUCAUAUCCGGAAGAUCCGACCAGACUGAUCAUUACCCACAUCAGCUCAUGCUACCGGGUACUACGUAACUACUCUCGUUUCUGUAUCAGCUUUGGACCACUGGAACACCCGAGAUCGUCCGCAUACAGCCAUGACCAGCCUUCUUAUCUGCAUCGCUGAGAUCUCACCUCGAUCGGGAUCCGAGCAGGUCCCUCAAGAGGACGUCUUUGCCGUACUGGAGAGCAAUCUGAAGACGACGACCGAAGUCGUCAAACGGGUCGCAGCGGAAGGAGCCGACCUGGUUGUCUUCCCAGAGUAUUGGCUUCAGGGUCUAGUACAGGAUCGAGAGUACUUGGUGCAUCCGGCACGAUACCUUGUGAAGUAUCUGCAGCAUCUGGCCAAGACUCACAAUGUAUCCAUUUGUGGAACUAUUGUUGAGCCUAAAAGCCAUCAGCCUAAGCAGGAACCAUCGGUCUCGCCAUUCAAGCAUCUCGAGGAUGAGAACUUGGAAAGCAAUGGCGACGUAUGGACGAGCUAUAUUCGACGGUUAUACAGCUCUGACGAGCCUGCGACUUUAUCUGCACCGCAUGCUAGGGAAGGCGAUGACAAGGACAUGCCUGCGGUCAAAUCGGGCAGGGAACACGAUGAUGAGCGCGUCGAGCAGAUGAUCAACGUGGCCUACGUUUUCGAAGCGGGGACUGGCAAGGCUGUCGGCCGUUACGUCAAGAGGAACCUUUGGAUCUCGGAGAGGGACUACCUAACGUCCGGAGAAGAUGAGCACGAAGUGUUCGAGCUGAAGGGUAUCAAGAUGGGCUUGUUGAUCUGCUGGGACUUGGCCCAUUCGACUGCCGCCGGAGCUUUAGCACAACAAGGUGUCGACGUGAUUCUCGCUCCGACCUACUGGUUGGCAAUCGACAGCGAACCCGCAUCGACAGAAUUCGACCCUUCUCCGGAUUACGAGGUCGACCUCGUCCGCUCGCUAUGCUAUACCCGAGCUUUCGAGACCGAGACCGUCUUGGCCAUGUGCAACGCCGGAGGACCGAGGUCAAAAGGAUUCGCAGGCGGUAGCGGCGUCUGGGCUCCGUUCAAGGGCAACCUUCGAGGACGCCAGAUCGCGAGUGGCAUUCAGGAUGAGCGCGGCGAUGGCUAUGAGCCGGCAGUCGAGCUCUUUGACGUCGAGCUGGACAGACUGCUCAAGGUCGCCAGGGAAACGUACCAGAUUCGCCAAGAUUGGAAUAGACAAGCCGGACGUUCAUGACGAU